CGCCCUCUUAGCUACAACUUCUCCAAAUGACUGACUCGACACUAGAUUUCUCCCUCGCAGGGAAAGAUCAUCCGUUAACCUACCUAUAUACACUAGGUUAACGCUGUGAUACACAAAAGUGGUUCUUACUCCAGGUGUAUGGUCUAGAACAUUUCCGUGAUUUCCUCAGCGCUCCAACAUGGCUCCCUCUGCCAUCCCCGCAGCAGACCUAAAGUCGUUUGGUGUCUACUUAAAAGGGUGCAGGCGGAUUAUUGCCCUAUUGGGAGCCGGUAUCUCCGCCUCUUCGGGGCUUCCCACCUUUCGAGGAGCUGGAGGUCUAUGGCGAUCCUACGACGCGACUGAGCUGGCGACGCCCGAGGCGUUCGAUGCCAACCCCGAUCUGGUAUGGCAGUUCUAUAGUUAUCGGAGACAUAUGGCUCUUGAGGCCCAACCCAACCGGGCACACUAUGCCCUGGCUGAGCUUGCCCGGAGGAACAAAGACUUCAUUACGCUGACUCAGAAUGUGGAUGGCCUUUCGCAACGGGCAAAACAUCCACCACAGCAGCUUCAUCUUCUCCAUGGCUCCCUCUUCACAGUAAAAUGCACAUCCUUUUAUUGCAGUUAUUCGCGUGAAGACUUUGCCGACCCAAUUGUCCCCGCGCUCGCACUGCCAAAGAAUGCACCUAAGCUGAACCCAUCCACCCAAGACAUAUCAGGCGAAGAAGCUUCUCGAUCGCUAUCCAAUGCGUUGGGGGGAGAUGAGGAUAUGGAGGCCGAUAUAUCGGACGAACGCAUUCCUCUAUCGGCACUAAGCACGGAUGUGCUUCCGCAUUGCCCAGAAUGCAAAGAUGGACUUUUACGUCCCGGGGUGGUGUGGUUCGGAGAGAGCUUACCAUUACACACAAUUGACAGGGUGGACCAAUGGAUGAACAAAGGUAACGUGGACCUGAUAUUGGUGAUUGGUACGAGUUCGAGGGUAUACCCUGCAGCAGGAUACGUGGAUAAGGCCCGGGAAAGAGGGGCCAGGGUUGCGGUGGUCAAUAUGGACCGUAACGAUGUCGGUUCUUCCGGGUUGAUGCCCGGAGAUUGGUUCUUCGAGGGCGACGCGAGUGCAGUUGUCCCAAAGAUCCUGAAGGAAGUGAUAGGAGAGGUGUGAGCUGUAAACUAGUUUGUGCGACUCUACAAACAAUGGCAUGCAGCUUCAAGGCACCUACUAGUUGGUCUAGGCAACCGUCGACGCCCGUCCUCUUCAAGCUAAGCGCCCUGUGAAGCAGGGAAUUGGAUUGUCUUCAGCCAUGACCCUAGCCUAGCUGGAAAUUCAAUUUUAUUUACGG